CCCCCUCCCGGGAAUUACCACCCCCCUCCCGGCUCGGGGGCCAGGUACACUUGACGUCAGGAUGUCUGUCGUCGUUUUGACGUGUAAACACUCAUUUCCAUUCCGACUCCAGAGGGUCUGGGUGCUGCGCAGCCCCGGGCAGCCGCGCCAGCAGGCAGGCAGCUGACAGAGACCCCUAUCCCCGCGCUCGCUUAGCAACACAUCGCCCCGCCGCCGCCGCUCCCCGCGGCCAUGGACCGGCGCCACUGGGCAGGCCGGUGCUUGGCGCUGGUGCUGCUGGCCGUCUGCUGCCUGCCCCGCGGCGGCGGCUCUGAGCGCCAGUUCCUCAACGAGUGGGCAGCGGAGGUCCCGGCGGGCCACGCCGCCGCCAGAGCCAUCGCAGAGGAGCUGAACUACGACCUCGUGGGGCAGAUUGGAUCACUCAAAAAUCACUACCUGUUCAGACAUAAAAGCCAUCCAAGGCGCUCCCGAAGAAGUGCCAUUCUCAUCACCAAAAGACUUUCUGAUGAUGAGCGGGUGUCAUGGGCAGAGCAGCAAUAUGAAAAAAAGAGAACUAAGCGUGCCAUCGUGAGAGACUCAGCAGACAAUCUUUUCAAUGAUCCUAUGUGGAAUCAGCAGUGGUAUCUGCAAGAUACAAGAAUAACUCCAUCCCUGCCCAAACUGGACCUCCAUGUUAUUCCUGUAUGGCAGAAAGGGAUAACAGGCAAGGGCGUUGUCAUCACAGUAUUAGAUGAUGGCUUGGAGUGGAAUCACACUGACAUCUUCUCUAACUAUGAUCCAAGGGCAAGUUAUGAUUUCAAUGACAAUGAUCACGAUCCUUUUCCUAGAUAUGAUCCAACAAAUGAAAACAAAGAUAUUAUGAGACGUAGCUUGUUCUUGCUAUAUUUAUUCAGGCAUGGAACGCGGUGUGCAGGAGAAAUUGCCAUGCAAGCCAACAACAGAAAAUGUGGAGUUGGAGUUGCCUAUAAUUCCAAAGUUGGAGGUAUACGAAUGCUGGAUGGAAUAGUCACUGAUGCUAUUGAAGCCAGUUCAAUUGGUUUCAAUCCCGAACAUGUGGAUAUUUACAGCGCAAGCUGGGGCCCUAAUGAUGAUGGUAAAACUGUAGAGGGACCUGGGAGACUGGCACAGAAGGCUUUUGAGUAUGGAAUAAAGAAGGGCCGAAAUGGGAAAGGCUCCAUUUUCGUAUGGGCUUCUGGGAACGGAGGCCGUCAGGGUGACAACUGUGACUGUGAUGGUUACACUGAUAGUAUCUACACUAUUUCCAUUAGCAGUGCUUCUCAGCAGGGCCUUUCUCCCUGGUAUGCAGAGAAGUGCUCUUCAACUCUGGCCACAGCAUACAGCAGUGGGGAUUAUACAGACCAAAGAAUUACAAGUGCUGAUCUUCACAAUGAAUGUACAGAGACUCACACUGGGACCUCUGCAUCUGCACCACUGGCAGCAGGAAUUUUUGCUUUGGCACUGGAAGCAAACCCGAAUCUAACAUGGAGGGAUAUGCAGCACUUGGUAGUGUGGACCUCAGAAUAUGAUCCACUGGCUGGAAAUCCAGGAUGGAAAAAGAAUGGAGCGGGACUGAUGGUCAACAGUCGAUUUGGGUUUGGACUACUCAACGCCAAUGCUUUGGUAGAUUUAGCUGAUCCCAAGAGAUGGAAAGGUGUACCAGAAAAGAGAGAGUGUAUUGUCAAAGACAAAAGCUUUAAACCAAGAUUAUUAAGAGCAAAUGAGGAAGUCAUCAUUGAAAUUCCCACGAAAGCCUGCGAGGGUCAAGAAAACUUCAUUGCAUCUCUGGAGCAUGUGCAGCUGGAGGCAACGAUUGAGUAUUCCCGUAGAGGUGAUCUUCAUGUCACUCUGGUAUCUCCAGCAGGGACCAGCACUGUCUUACUGGCUGAGAGAGAGAGAGAUAGAUCUCCCAAUGGCUUUAAGAACUGGGACUUCAUGUCUGUUCACACAUGGGGAGAGAAUCCAACAGGCACUUGGGUUCUAAGAAUUACUGAUAUGUCCAGAAGAAUAGAAAAUGAAGGAAGGAUUGUAAACUGGAAAUUGAUUUUGCAUGGCACUGCUACACAGCCUGAACAUAUGAAGCAGCCACGUACAUACACAUCUUACAAUGCUGUGCAAAACGACAGAAGAGGAGUGGAGAAGAUGACAGAUUUUGUAGAGGACCAUACCACACAAGAGAACCUGCGUGAAAAACCCAAUAUCACAGAAAAUACCAGUAGUAGCAGUGACAAAGCAGAAGAUAAAAUCCCAUCAGAGGCUAUGCUACAUUUACUGCGAAGUGCUUUUAGCAGACAGAUGGCUCAGAAGCGACUGCCAGAGAAGACUGCAAGUGAGAAGUUAAACAUUCCGUAUGAGCACUUCUAUCAAGCCCUUGAAAAAUUAAACAAGCCCUCCCAGAUGAGAGACUCAGAAGAAAGUCUGUACAGUGACUACGUUGAUAUCUUUUACAAUGCCAAACCAUACAAGCAUAGAGAUGAUAGACUGCUGCAGGCCUUGAUUGAUAUUAUAAAUGAAGGAAACUAAACUAUAGAGUCUGUCACUGAGUUGGAUAUAUUCAUUCUCCCCACUUCACUUGUAGGCUUUUUUCAGAAGUCUGUUGUAUGCUCUAGUUGUGUGAUUGCUGCUUUGAUUGCUUCAUAUUUAAUACAAAUAUCAAAGAAGAAAAAAAAAGUGUGUGGGAGUAUAAGCCAGUAAACUGAUGCUUUUUAGUAAUUAAUUUUUUCAAAGCCUUUCUUCAUUACCAUCAAGAGUAGAUUUGCCCCUUCAGGUAUGAAAUCCAGGAGUAUUCCCCUGAAAAAUCAAAUGCUUUAUUUUAAGCAAUUUUAACGUUACUUAUUCUUCUACCCUAUUCAAAACUUGAAUUAUGAAGCAGUUCGGAAGCAAACUACCAGAGCUAUGGGGAGGUACUCUCAUCCCUGGAUUUUUAAUGAAUACUGAAGUCUUACAUUUGGAAUUUAUCACCGUUUUAACAUGUGUAGCCAGUACUGCUUCCGUCAUGGGUUUUAUGUUCCUUCUCCAAACAAUAGUGCUCCCUUAACCUUCUAUUCUCCCAUAAAGGAGCAACUCAGAGGCUGGAGUUGGACUGGAGCAUCAGUGGACACUGAUGAAGUUAUUCACAAUUUAGAAUACAGACAGACACUAGCAUAAAAUAUCCCCAAAUGAGGAUGGCCUUCUCGCCACCUAACGUUAAUUACCUAAGUGAAGUGCCUGUAUUAUGAGCCUAGUCGUUCUAGGCUGUAUUUAAUGAGGGCAGAGGCUCCUAUAGUUAGCACUUCAAAGCACUUGGAUAGUCUUUGUGCUGUUUUUAACUAUCUGGAUGGUGUACUGAUCUUUUUGUAUCAACUGUAUGAGCUUUGGAGACCAACCACCUACCUAUGGAGCCUCAGUCAGAUUUUUAACAUUAAGUAAUAUAAACGAGAUGCCUAUGUCUGCAGUAGUUAGGACAACAAAGCUGGGAUCUCUUUGACCUUUGAACUGCAGCUGAGGUGGAAUAGAAAGGGUAACUGUGCCAGCAGAUCCCACUUAAAGACUGGAUCUUGGAGUGUCUGGGAUGGAUUGUAACAUUUCAUAAGUAUCU